GGCGUAAACAAAGACACCUCCAUCUCGAAAUCCGAUCGCUAAUAAUCACAAAAAUGCCCUCCUCCGAUCGAAAAUACAGGCGGCCCCAGAGGGCGGCCCCACUUCUCCCUAAGGAUCAUAACGGCGGCGGCGGCGAGUUUGGGGGGGCUUCCUUCGCCGGUGCAGUGUUUAAUCUAUCCACCACCAUCGUCGGUGCCGGAAUAAUGGCCCUACCGGCGACCCUCAAGCAGCUUGGGGUGAUUCCGGGGCUUAUCACGAUCAUUUUGGGCGGGAUGCUGACGGAGAAAUCAAUAGAGAUGAUCCUCCGCUUCAGUAAGGCCGCCAAGACCAGUUCCUACUCCGGUUUGGCGGCGGACGCGUUCUCCGGCGCCGGCCGGAACCUUCUGCAGCUGUGUAUCGUGAUAAAUAAUGUUGGAAUGCUUGUCGUUUACAUGAUUAUUAUAGGUGAUGUGCUGUCUGAAACAUGGUCACAAGGGGUGCACCACACUGGUGUGAUGGAAGAAUGGUUUGGUCUUAACUGGUGGACCACUCGAUCUUCCAUAUUGUUCCUUACAACCGUCUUUGUUUUUGCGCCUUUGAUUUCGUUCAAGCGUGUUGAUUCAUUGCGAUACACUUCAGCACUGUCAGUUGUACUUGCUGUUCUGUUCGUGGUUAUCAUAGCAGGCAUAGCUAUUGUCAAGAUGGUGAAUGGAAGCAUUGGAAGGCCUCAAUUGCUGCCUGACCUUGUUGAUCAAGCAUCUUUCUGGAAACUUUCUACAACUGUUCCUAUACUUGUCACUGCCUAUAUUUGUCACCAUAACAUUCACCCAAUAGAGAACGAGCUUGACGACCCCUUGCAAAUGAAAUCCAUUGUCCGUACAUCAAUUACUUUAUGCACGUGUGUUUACGUGGCAACUAGCUUCUUUGGAUUUCUCUUGUUUGGUAAGCAGACAAUGGAUGAUGUCCUUGCAAAUUUUGAUGGAGAUCUUGGCAUUCAGUUCAGCUCUCUGCUGAACGACAUUGUUCGUGUGAGCUAUGCCAUCCAUUUGAUGCUUGUAUUCCCGAUCGUCUUCUACUCCCUUCGCCUGAAUGUUGAUGGCAUAUUUUUCCCAUUUGCCAUCCCUAUUAUCUAUGAUGGUCGAAGGUUUUAUUCAAUAACAGCAGCCCUAAUGAGUUUGAUUUUCUUUGGAGCAAAUUUUGUGCCCAGCAUAUGGGAUGCUUUCCAAUUUACUGGUGCCACUGCUACUGUUGCUGUUGGUUUCAUUUUCCCUGCUGCAAUUGCUCUCAGGGAUACUCGUGGAAUUGCAACUAGAAACGAUAGAAUAAUCUCCUGGAUUAUGAUACUUUUGGCUGUAUCUUCAAGCACUGUAGCCAUUUGCAGUGACAUUUACAGCAUUGCUAAUGGCAGAGAAGAGGCUGAACUUAGUUUUGAGCAAACGGGAUUCAUGUCUCACGUUGUGACAUAGUCAAGGUUCUCAUAGUUGACUGCGAUUGUGAAUUCCCUUAACAUUUUUAACUCAUUACGGGUUCUUAAAAAUCUCAAAUACAGAAACAUAAUGCACGAAGAUUUAGUGAUAGGAGCUGGUUGGAAGAAGGCUCUUUGUAAUGCAAGAAUUGGCUCAUUGUUGAAGAAGAUUUUGCAUAUUAAGUCGACUAGAAGUUGGAAGGUUAAUGGUGUAGGUUUCAGAUAGUGAAAAUCUAAUUAUAGAAGCUUUUACCUGUGAAGUAUCUAAAUUUUAUAGUUUGUUUUUCAUCUCUCCAUGAAUUAUCAUACAUUUGAAAGUCUAUGCUACUUUGAUAUUUGAUUGAGAAAGUGUAUAUUUUUGUUCAAAAAACCUCACUGUGAAAUGUGUACAUUUUAUUUUGUAGUUUGUGUUUCUCUUACUCUCGAUAUCUGAUGCAUGUUUGUGUCUAUUUGUUUUUCUUUUUCA